UGUGUUGAGCUACAGUACCUCCUCGCCUCAACAGAUGUCAGUGUUAGUCUUCUACCUCGCCCUUUCCCUGGGUGUGUGGACAGGGGUCGAGGCGCUCCAGAACGGCUGUGUUCCAACAUGUGCUAAUAAAACCGAGGGUAGCCUUAUUGCUGAUCCAACCAACUGCCGGAAAUAUUAUAUUUGCUUAAAGGAUAAUGAUCCAUCUGAUUUCACAAUGGAAUGCUCCGAUGGUCAAUUAUUUGAUAACGUAACCUUCCAGUGUCAACCUCAUGACAAUGCGACGUGUGGUGUUUGUGAGCCAUCCUGUCAGUUUACGUGCCCAAAGAACAUCACAACCCCUGUAUUAAUAGCAGAUCGUAAAAGUUGUAAGAAUUUUAUUAUAUGUACACCAGCUGGUGAUCAAUUAAGUACCCCGUGUCCUGAGAAUAAACCUUAUUUUAAUGGAACGUCUUGCACGACCAACAAUGCCCAAUGUUGUGACCCUUGUGUUUCUUACUGUCCGGAAGCCUACACUGAGGUUCCUGAUCCCACCAACUGUACUAACUUCUACUUCUGUAAUGCUAAAGGCUACCCGGACGAGACCAACCUGUUCACGUGCACUGAGGGUUACUUUGACGAGGUGACGGGUGUGUGUUCGACAGAUGCGGCGUGUAUCGAGCCAUGUGGGGGUGAUAACAGGACCACUUCAAACCCUUUGUCAACUACCAGUAGCCUGCCAACUACCACUAAUGAAGGCCCUCACUGCAUCGACCCAUUCCUGUGCACCAAGGAAGGUUACUUCCCCAAAUGCGACAACAGGUGUGAUCGCCAUUACUACAUCUGCUCUCAAAAUGAUAUUCAUUCAUAUGUUGAAUCUGUCCUAUGCUCCAACUUUAGAGUAAUCAAUCCGGACACAAUGAAGUGCGUCCCCAUCGAGGAUUGUCCGUACCCGAUCCACAUUUAAUUGAUGCCGUCCUCCUUUCUCUCGUUGAGAAAGUAUACGAACUGUAGUAGUUACCACAAGAUGUAACUUUCUCAGAGCAAUAGAUAGAUUCUCUGUUAGGUUAAUGUGUUUCACUUAAAAGAUUGUAAAAUAUUUCUCAAUAAGCCUUAUAAGUUUAGGGUACGAGUUGACUAGAUAAACACUUUGUCUUGAGUACAGAUUUGAUGAAACUCGAAGACGGAGACUUAAUAAUGGAUCCAUAUAUUGUUGUCCUCCUCUUUGAUAUACAAUUUUACUUAAUAAUAUAGAAAAAAAGAACGUU